AUGAAAUUUAUCAGAAACUUGGGAUUCAUAUCAUUUCCAUGGCACAUUUUCAUUCGAAUAGCAUCUCCCAUUUCCAAUUCAACACUGUAUGCGGCCAUUUGGAUGCAUUUCGUUUUGGCAAUCAAUCGACUUUGGGCAAUUUCAUAUCCGAUGAAAUAUCAUCGCAUUUUUAAUCCCAAAAAUGCUUGGAUAACAGUCAUAUCUCUAUGGUCAUUUAGUAUGCUAAUCACUCUGCUUUAUUACAACGUCGAAUGCCUGCUUUAUGUCGAAGCUUAUAUUCAUUCAUGGUCAAACCUUUAUGGACCAUGUAAUCAUCCUUUCUUCGCUUAUAUUGCUAUGUUCCUGUCAGAUGGUGUCAUCGUUAUCACUGUUAUUAUCGAUGCCAUUGCUUUUUAUCGCAUCAUCACUUAUUUCAAAGGUAAAAAUAGUGAAGGAGCUAAUGGAAUGCAAAGAAGGAUGAAGAGAGAAAUCAUAUUUUUUAAAGAGACUUGCACCAGUACUAUCAUACAUGUAUUUUUUGUAGUUAUUUUCCGUUUUAAUUUACCUAUGUCGCGUUUCACCAAAAUCACGUACACGUGGCUUGCAAUACUCACAUUAGAUGGUUUGGCAUUCGUAUAUUUCAAUCGAUAUUUGUUGAUGAAACAAAAUGCAAUAAGUUUGUCAACAAAUACAAUGGGAUUACGCACAAAAACAAUGAGAAAUGAUUUGAACACAGCAGCCAUAUGUACAGCUGCAAAUAACAUUGUGAAUAUCGCUUAA